AAAUUUUUAUUUUCAGCAGUGCUAAGCGAACAUCAGCAGACAGAGCAAAUCGUUUCCCGUAUCCCGUACAAAUUACGGACCAUUUAAUGUAGGAAAUUUCUUUACUGUUUGCCGACAAUUGUCCUUCCGUUUUUGUUUUUCUUGCGGUCUUUGGAAUUCCGUUCGAGUACAGGAAAUCGCGACGGAAAAGUGUUGACGAGUGUGACGAAAGUGUUUUCAGGCGGCGACUGCUCCGGGGAAAAAAUGUCUGUAAUGUGAUUAAAUAAUUUGUGCAAGGGAAAAGCAGCAGCAGAAAAAAGACGAUUCUUGCGUCGGAUUUGGACUUUUCACAGGCCCGUGGAAAAGUGAAAGUGAACAACCCUCCAGUUCGACGACCACAAAGGCUUAGACCCUCGACACGUCAAGAAACCCCCUCGAAACACUGGGUCGUAACGUGACCGCUAACAGCAACAGGAGCAGAAUGAUGCACGGACAUCCCCCGCAACCGCCGCAUCCUCACAUGGCGCACCUUCCGCCGCCACCGCCCCCAACGACGGUGACGGUGGCGGCCACCGGUGCUCCUCCUCCGGGUCCGCCCGGUGGGCUGCCUCCACACAAUCUGCUGCACACCAGCUUGCCACCGCCGGCUGUCCCUCCGAUGGCGCCGAUCCCGCAGCAUCAGCAUCAGCACCAGCAGCCGCAUCGGGAUCAUGGUGGACCGAGGAUCAAUAACCGACACCAUCAUCAUCCACGUGUUCAGCAGGGCGGCGGCGGAAGUGGUCCGGACCAUCAUCACCACUCGCCCAUGCCCAUCCCGCCACACAUGUCACUUCAGCAGCAGAACUCACGAAAACCCCCGGCACAGCAUUACGGUGGCAACAAUGGAAUGGUUUCCGGCGGUGGCGGUGCUCCGAUGAUGUCCUCCAAACAUCACCAGCACCAUCACCAUCAGACAUCCGGCGGCGGUGGCGGCGGUCAUCACAACACAUCGAAGUCUGCGUCACUAUCGUACAGCAACAACCAGAGCCAGCAGCAUAGUAGUCAUCACAGCAGCAACCAUCACCACCAUGGCCAUCAACAACACCAUCACCACAACUCGGCCGGGGUCCCGGUAGUGUCCGCGGCCGGACCCGGGGGCGCCAAAACGCGCAUGAUUCCGUCGCACGAUCCAAAAAUGACUCACAAUCACAACACCGCAACACCGACCAACAACACUUCGAACGCGAUCGUGGUCCACCAAACGGACCCUGUCCAGCAACUAUCGGGAGGAAGUGCCUCCUCCACGGUCUCUACCACAGCACCAGGAACUGUUACCGGAAGCGCCAACAGCAGCAGCAGCCUCAGUAACACCAGUGGAUCUUCUGGUACCGGAAUUCCUACCAGUGGUAGCGGCGGCGGAGGAGGUCCCCCACUAGCAACGAUAUCCACCGGAGGUGCACCUCCCGAUAGUAGCGGUUUGAAAGAAUCAAACUCACAGAUGCAACAACAGACCUGCUCCCAGUUGUUGUCCUCUGUGCCGGAUACCUUGGCAAACACUAAAGAGAAAACACCAAUGUGUUUAGUUAAUGAAUUAGCACGCUACAAUAAGAUACAGCACCAGUACCGAUUGACCGGGGAAUCGGGCCCGGCGCAUAAGAAACGAUUCACCGUCACGCUCAAACUGGGCGAUGAGGAAUAUACGGCAGAGGGACCGAGCAUCAAGAAAGCUCAGCACAGCGCGGCUCACAACGCUAUCGGUGCCACCAAAUAUAAGCAUCCCCCAGCGAAAACUAACCGUACUAAAACCGGUGGCAAAACCAGUGCCAGCCAUAUUACACCAACAGUCGAGCUGAAUGCUUUAGCAAUGAAACGUGGCGAACCUACCGUAUAUGAAACCGAACAAGUUAUUCCUGCAGUACCAACGAAAUUUCAUGGUAACAAUCAGUCUCCCGGACCUUCGGGAGCUCCUCCGCAGCCUGUGCCCGGUGCCAACUUUUUCUCAGCUCCUCCACCAGGUCCUCAUUACUCCGGCGGUUAUCACCGUGGAAAUGGUAUGUAUAAUCCUUCUGCCCCUGGCAUUCGCUACGGAGUUCCUCCACCGAACUCGUACAACAGACGCAACCCGAUCGGUGGCAAACCAGAUUUCCACUCCCGCAAUCAUUACUGGAACCAUCCGGUGGCCCCCGUUGAUAAGAUACCUGUAAUCCCCGAAGUGUAUAAAGUUACACUGCAUGUGGGAGAACGCACGUUCUUAGGUGAAGGUCCAACACUUCAGGCAGCUAGACAUGACGCUGCGGCACGCGCAUUGGAGGUUUUGAAACCCCUCACUCCCGAUAAUAAUGCAUCGGAACGAUUGGAUGUCUCGAUAAAUAGCGACGAUCCUGAUUCGGAUCUGAAGUCUCCUAUUUCGUUGGUUCACGAAAUGGCACUCAAACGGAAGUUGACAGUGCAGUUCGAAGUGCACGGCGAGAAAGGUCCACCGCAUAUGAAGGUCUUCACCACACUGUGUAAGGUGGGAAGUAUUGUGACCGAGGGUGAAGGAAACGGGAAAAAACUGUCCAAGAAGCGAGCCGCCGAAAAAAUGUUGGACGAACUGAAAAAACUUCCACCAGCUUCCCCGGAGAAGAACACUAGGGCUUUGUUGAAACAGAAACGUAAGGCACCGCUACCGAAGAAGAAAACUCGAAAUUUGAUUAAGGAAAACUCCGACAGCGAUCCGCUGGAUAUGGUCAACCCGAUCAGUCGGUUGAUGCAAAUCCAACAGGCUCGCAAAGAGAAGGAACCCGAAUACACACUGGUCGAAGAGCGAGGUGUUGCUAGGCGUCGCGAGUUUAUCAUGGAGGUUUUGGCUAGCGGCAAAUCGGCCAACGGGAUCGGUCCAACUAAAAAGAUUGCCAAAAAGGAAGCAGCCGAAAAUCUGCUGGUCCUUCUAGGCUACGCCCGGUCCACUCCCAGUGUCGGUUCGUCCAACAAGGAAAAUGUGUCGGGCAGUGCAAAUGAAGUUCCGGAAAAACCACCCCAUCGAAGGGGUGGAGGAUUCCGCGAGGACCGUCACAAUCAACAGGGUGGUGGAUCCGCUGGACGGCAGAUUGCUCCGGGGGUACUGCAGAUCAAUUCCGGUGCUUCGAACAAACCCGGUCAUACGUCAAAUAAAGACCAGGUAGAUAGUCCAAUUGAAGUUAGCAGCGUUCCACCGAGUUCUACUCCGGCGAAAGCUCCAUUGGCCAAUUCUACAGCAGGAAAUGUAAACACUUCCCCUACGGCGAAUGCACCGGCAUCGACAACAACAACUGCUACCAGCAGCUCUAAUCCGGAUGUCGGCAGAAUGAAGGAGCAGCUCAUGUACCUGGCGCAGCUGUUGAAGUUUGAGGUAAUGUUCUCGGACUUCCCGAAAGGCAACCACGGCCAGUACCUGACCCUGGUCACCCUUUCGACGGAACCGCCCCAACUGUGCCACGGCAGCGGGGCCAGUUUGGAAGAAUCACAGGACGAAGCUUCCCGCGGCGCACUGGAAAUUCUCAGCAAAAUCGGUCUGGACAAUGUUAAGCCAAAAGGAACCACAACGACGACGACGACUUCGACAGCAGCAGCAGCAAGUCCGGCAGACGAAAGUAAGUCCCCCAAACCCGCCCUUAGCAAUGGGCUAAAAAAGUAAAAUCUUUUUACAACCCUUGAUGAACGUUUGCGCAACUAGAAAGAUAAACUUUUUUCACUCAAUUCAACUCAAAUCAAAAGCACGAGUUUCUCCGAAGACGAUGAUCAUGAUUGAGAAAACAAGGGGAAACUACUGGAAAUGCAUUUACCACACAUACUUCUGUAUAUCUUCUCAGAAAUUUGGAGCUUUUGUCAAAAAGUUUGAAGUCUAGAAGCGUUGGGAUUCGGUCUCAUCAUUGUGGGGACGUCUGUCAGUUUCAGUUUGUGGAAACCUUUUGGGGGGCGAAGCGCUAAUAUAUUAACUAAACAUAUUGAAACAACGCACGUGGAACAAACGUUUCCGUUUGUUGUUGAAAAAUCUUCUCGCGAGACAAAUCCGGUGGUGUGGGCUUGUUGGAGUUGAUUUUCAAUUCAAAACGGAAUAAAAAGAAGAAGAAACAAGGAAACGAACCCGUAACUGGCGGGUAAAUCUUAAAAGAAAUUGAUUACCAUUUACCUAACGGAGAAAGGCGCGGAAAACUCAAAACGCGGGAUGAGUUUUUUGGGGUAGGAAUUGUCCGUGCAGAAACAAAAAAAUUGAAGGUUCUUAAUCAUAUGGAAUCAAUCGACGCGAUUGUGAGGAAAGAGUGAGUAUUGUCGAUUUUAAGGACUACUCAAGAAGCAAAUCAAGCUGGCAUCGUAUGGCUAGGAAAACCGUAACAACACGCAAAAAAAAUAACGAUGGGUGACACGUUCUGUAGAACUCACGGUUUAAUCAGCCUCAUUGCGGGCUGUCGGUAGGAAAAAAUGUCAAGGGCAUAAGUCUCUUUCGAUGACAUUUCAGCCGGCAGCCGGAUGAGGAAACAUCUUUCUUAAUAAGCUUUUGUUUUUAAUCGUAGUGUAUUGUGUAUUGUUUAAAAACCUUCAUAAAAUAUUAUACCAAAAUGGAAAGCAAACGGAUACGAGUUCAUCCAGUAUUCGGUAUGUACAAUAAACUCUCGAUACUGUUCAACGAAACAGAAAAAAGAACGCUUGCAGUCGUCAUCUUCUUGAUGAAGGUGUAAGCGUGCAUAGUAAGUCUAUGUAGCAGAAUCUCUGCAAUUGAAUCAGCACUCAGAGACGUAACAGAAGUCGAGAUUUUACUGUAUUUCCUAUUUGUAACAAGCGCAUAGCCCGGUUAGUUUUCUGAAUUACUGUUUUUCGAAGACAGUAGGAAGAUAACUAUUGAAGACCAUUCAGAAUGGAGGUCUUUCAAAAAACCGGAAGUGUCGCUCAUUUUACUAUAAUAAUCACCAGUUAAUCUAAGUGUGUUUCUACUAGUAGUACAUCGAUAUAUCUGUAAGAAAUAAUGUAUUUUUUCAGUACUAUAAUUCCCAUCCUUUUUGUCAAAUUACACAAUUUCACACAACCGUGACAGUUGCCACAAACAGUUUUAAAACCAAACAAUCACCCCCUAGAUCCACGCAAAAUUUCUUACGCAAACACGCAUACAAUUUCUUUCUUAUUUCUCCCGUUGUUCUUUUCGUUUCAACACGCACUCUUACCGUUAAAUGAAGCAAUAGCACACACAGCCACACAAUAGCAAGCAAGAUAGCAAACCAUUCUUCAUCAUAUUCGAAAAAAUGAAACAUCAGUCGGAAGCUCUAUUUGAUUGGAUUAGUAGAACCAAGUCACUUGGAACAAUUAUUUAGAAGAAAAAAAGAAAUUGUUCAAGGAAACAUCUUCUAAAUUUAAAGCACUAAAAUGAAGCAAUAGUUUUUUCUAUUGUUUUGAAAAGUUAUUUUCACUAGAUAUAACAGAAACGUAAUCUACCGAUGAAAAAGACCAAAUUUCUUAAACAAGUCAUGGGAAAGAAAAAAGAAAAGCAAUGAGUUCUACGCCAACAUUUGAGAGCUUCCAUUGAGUGAACAUUUUCAGUAUGACCAAAAAUAAUCUACAUUCAAAAUGCAAAUUAAAUAAACAAAAAAUACAUUUUUUCCUGGAUAUGAAAAAAGUUUAAAAGCGAAACAUAAUCAGUACUAAAUAGCGACUCCAAAAAUAAAAACGGAACCAUUGCAACGUGGUACAGAAGAUAAAGAUCAAACGAACAAAAAACUAAAACCAACCAGCAGAAACACAUUUCAUUUCUAAGCAUCUUCUGAUGAACGAACGAAAAAAAAUAACUGGAAACGUAAAUCCUUAUUAGGCACAUGGUAAUUGAUGAUGAAAAUGGAUGCAACACACAGAAAAUGUAGAAAAAAUUUAUCAAAAAAAAAAAAAACAAGGAAACUGAAGAGGAAAAAAACUUUUUGCUGCACCUCCUCGUCGUACCUAUUGAACAAGAAACAAAAAAAUGUUUGGAAACCAACUUAAAGAAAUUUUUCAAAGUUUGCAAUUUCACCACACGCUCUCGGAACAAACGAAGAAAAGCAAAAACUAGACCUACUCAAACUCAACUAGGUACUAUGUUGUUGUUUGGAAGCCUAGUUCCCUAGCAGAGGCCGCGAAAUUCCCUAUUAUAAAAACCAUUCGAUGAUGUAUCCUGAUGAAUCUACUAUAAAGACGCGAUUGUUGCUGAUUUCGAUUCGAAGAGAUGCGAGCGAAAACGAAACGUAUUUAUUACCACCAAAAUUGUUGCUAGAUACUUAAUUUAUUGUUGAAAAGAGUUGAAACCCUACCUACCUACCUUUGAUCGGAACCGCAAAAAUUGUCGAAUGAUUUUUAUACCGGCUGCGCUGUCAUCUAUGUAUCAGAAAAAAAAGGCUUGAUCAAAAGUCAAAAACAUCCUUUGCUUUCGUCUUUCUGUAUUCUUCCCGUCUAAACACGAACCAACUUUUUCACAAGAAGAAAAUGGAUUGUUCUGAACAAACGGUAGCAUAUAAUGAUGAUCGAGCUAGAGCAAUUAUUAAGAGUGAAGAGGUGUGUGAAACUUAACUAUUUCUCUGAGUUAACAAAUAUAUGGAACAUUAUGUCUGAAAAGA